AAUAAACACAUCAGCACCUCUUUGAAACAUCUCCUUAUUCUUAUUUAUUUUUAAUUUUGUUUCAGGGUGCCAAAAAACCAUUCAAAUCAGUUUUGAAGGCCAAUAUUGGUGAUUGCCAUGCCAUGGGGCAGGUUCCCAUUACAUUCAUUCGCCAGGUUCUUGCCUUGAUUUCAUACACACCUCUCCUUGAUGAUCCAAAAUUCCCUGAAGAUGUCAAGAAGCGAGCUAGAGAAAUUCUUGCAGGCUGUAGAGGUGGCAGUGUUGGAUCGUACACAGACUCUCCAGGCAUUGAGAUCAUCAGGAAGCAUGUUGCGGAAUAUAUUCAAAGAAGAGAUGGCGGUAUUCCUUGUGAUUGGCAAGACGUUGUGUUGUCUGCUGGUGCUUCUGAUGGCAUUAAGGCUGUCAUGAAACUUUUGAUCAAUGAAGAGGGUGGGAAGAAGCCUGGUGUGAUGGUUCCUAUCCCCCAAUAUCCCCUUUAUUCUGCGACUAUUGCUGAAUUCAACAUGAGCCUCGCUGGAUAUUACCUGAAUGAAGAAAAGAAUUGGGGUCUAGAUAUCAAGGAGUUAGAAAGAUCCAUCAGUGAAGCAAAGAAAACAACUAAUGUACGAGCUAUUGUAAUCAUUAAUCCUGGCAACCCAACUGGCCAGGUAUUGUCAAGGGAAAACAUUGAGGAAAUUAUCAAAUUCGCAUACAAGGAGAAGUUGAUCAUUUUUGCUGAUGAAGUGUAUCAAGACAAUGUCUAUGCAGAGGGAAGCAAAUUCCACUCUUUCAAGAAAGUACUAACAGAGCUUGGAGAACCCUAUAGUAAGAUGGAGUUAGCUUCAUUCAUGUCUUGCUCCAAGGGGUACAUGGGUGAGUGCGGACUACGUGGUGGCUAUGCUGAAGUAAUUAAUUUGUGCCCCAAUGUCAAAGCAAUGUACCUGAAAUCAAUAUCUGCCAUGCUGUGCCCUACUGUCCUUGGACAGGCCGUUAUGGAUUGUGUUGUUGCUCCUCCCAAAGAAGGUGAACCAUCAUAUGCUACAUGGAAGAAAGAAAAGGAUUCUGUUCUGAAGUCAUUGAAUGAGAGGGCCAAGCUGGUUGCCGAUACUUUUAAUAGUAUAGAUGGUAUCUCAUGUAACACUGUGCAAGGUGCUAUGUAUGCUUUUCCACAGAUAAAACUACCAGCUAAAGCGAUUGAGGCAGCUAAAGCCAAAGGGCAGGCACCAGACGCCUACUAUGCUUUUGAGCUGCUGGAGCGAACUGGCAUUUGCAUUGUCCCUGGAUCUGGGUUUGGCCAGAAGCCCGGCACAUAUCAUUUCAGGACAACAAUUCUUCCUCAAACUGAAAAACUACGAGAAAUGCUUGAAGGCUUCAAGAAAUUCCACACCGAAUUUGUCAAGGAACAUCAGUAAAUUAAAAGGCUUUGGAAUGCUAGAUUGACAAAUUCUCACUGUGUUGCUUUCCCAACAAACCUUAGAAAGCAAUAAUAUAUAGUUAGGAGCCCAAUUCAUAAAGCUUAUCAUAGUGUGAUUGAUCUAAGUACAAAGAAGCCAGUUAGCAUAAAGCUUUUAACUGUAUCAAGUUUAAGAAAAUAUUCUAUCUGUACUUUUUAGUGAUACAUGUGCAAUGUGUGAAUAGGCUUUGUUGGGAAAUGUUUCUGUUGAAUUUAUAUGAACACAGUAUUAUUUCAAUAGUUCCCUCAUCAAUCUGUUUUUAUUAUUUUAUGCUUUUAUCCAUGUACUUUUGAAGAGACAAUACUUCUGAUAAUCAUAAUGAAAACAAUCCAUGCGUGUUGUAUUGGAGAUCCAGAUAACAUGACAUUUUCUUGUUUUGCAUUAUUCAUGGCUUUUGAAUCGAUUAAGCUUAUCCUUGUUGUAAUGUCCUUUCAAAUUUAGAAAGAUUUUUGUCUUUUAAUUUGUGUGAUAAAAGGAUUUACCCCUGAUGGAUACUUUAUUCAUAAGACUGGUGUAAUAUUUUUAAAUGGUUAUCGGAUAUAAUGUCUAAUGUUUCUGCUAUCAUUAUAAGAUGCGGAAAUUCUUAUUGCUUCUAUGGGUACGAGCAAGACCGUUUUAUUCAGAAUAUAUUCUGUCAUAGUUUCAAAUUGUCAUUCAUGGAUUUUGUUUUGGGGAAAAUGUGUUUUGUACAGAGAGUCCAAUUAUUAUUUUUGAAGACUAGC